AUUUUCUAUGUCUUUUAUAAAGUUUCCUAGAGUCGGUUAUCUGAAUUCGGUAAUUCGAAAACAAAUCUCCAGAUAUAAUACAAAAACAUGAGUUCAUCAUUUGAUAAUAACCUAAGCUCUAGCACCAAGGAGCAGACAAUUAAGAACAAUUGGCAGUUAUGGUGUCGUUUGUGCGCACAAGAGGAUAUCUCAGAGAAAAUUCAUUUUUUUCGCAAUGACAAAACCGCAGUUAAUAUCAGGAAUAUUUCGCUUAUUGAAGCUAUUGAAAGUUAUUUUAACAUUACAAUAACGGACGAGGAUAACUUGCCAAAAACGAUGUGUAAAAAGUGUUUCAACUUAAUCACAGCUCUAAUUAGUUAUAGUGAACGCAUAUCCAAAGCUCAAAAAAUGUUUAAUAACUUACUUUUAAAAGAGGAGGAGGAGUACUGUGAUCUUCAAUCCGUACGUUUAAAAUUCGGUUUGAUGGAUGACGAGGUACUAUCUCAAUUUCCAUUAGCCGAAGUUCACUACUUUGAAACAAAGCUUGAAACGACUGAAAUUGAGGACAAUUCAAUUAAAGAGGAUGUUUCAGAAAUUUCUUCAUCACCUAUUAUAAAAGGCGAACUCAGGAAAGCGAACAAUAUUGAAAUGGAUGUGGAAGUGGAAGUAUGUCGCGAAGAACCAUUAUACGACGAAGAAAAUGAAUGUGAAAGUGCUGAUGACGAAGAAGACCCUUUUAGCAGCGUUGGUGAAGACAAGGAAUAUACUUUAGAAGAAAAUAUUUUGAAUGGGAAAAAGAGAAAAAAGUUGAAAAGAAAAGCUAAACAUAGAAAGGAUAAGGGCAAGGAACAAGAUAUCGAAAACAUUUUGGAAGAUAUUAAAUUAGACAUUACUUGCAAACAUUGCGAUGAACAGUUUAUGUCAUUUCAACCUUAUCGCCAGCAUUUAAUAAUGCAGCACGAUCAAUGCACAACUCCAAAAGAAUGGAUAUGUCCGGCAUGUGAUAAAAUACUUACGUCGAGCAUUCGCUUAGAGCGUCAUCUUAGAGUUCAUAUACCGCGAGAGGAGCCUGAGGUAUUGCCUUGUCCUGAAUGCGGCAAGCAUUUUCCUACAAAUACUCGUCUAAAAGCUCACAUUAAAUAUAAACACAAACCUGAACGUUUUAUGUGCGAAGAAUGUGGAGCCUGCAUAACCACGAAAGCUAACUUGCAAUUUCACAUGUUAACGCACACGGAUAAUGCUCCACUAGAAUGUGAAGUUUGUAAAAAGAAAUUCAAAUAUGCAAGACGCCUUAAGAUUCACAUGGAGACACAUGAUUCGCAGAAGCACAUCUGCAACAUAUGCGGUCUUCAGUUAAACACACGUAUAACGCUAAGAGGACAUAUGUCAGUGCAUAACGAUAUUAUGAAAUACAAAUGUGAAUUUUGUGGUCGCGCUUUUAAGCUAUCCAAAACGCUAAAAUUCCAUUUAAUAUCACACACUGGCCUCAAGCCAUAUACCUGCGAUUUUUGUGAUCGCGCCUUUACGAACGGAGCAAAUUGUCGAUUGCACAAAAAAAAAGUUCAUCCGGAAGAAUGGGCCGCUUUAGAAGCGGCAGGACGUACUAAAAAUGUCGCACGCACCUUGCCCAAUAUAGAAACUUUAAAGGCACUUACAAGAGCUGCAGGAAAUUUAACGUCAAUAGUUAACAAGCAAGGAAACGGUGGUAAAAAGUUUCAUAAUCAAGAUGACAUCGUCUUGGCGAACACUUUAAAAAUAAGCGAAAGUAAAUAA